GUCGAUCUCUAGACAGUGUCUCCGUCACCAGUGCAGCCGAGUGCCAGUGCCAGAUAUGUUGCCGGUCGCUGCAGUGCUUCUGUUCGUCGCGCUAGCGUCCUCCAACUCGACCCAACCCCCGGACCCCCAACCGUGUCCUCCCGAGAAGCUCACCACUUACCGCGUCGUCCUCCACACCUUCUGGACCAGGGACCUGUUCCCAAAACACUACCCGGAGUGGCGCCCGCCGGCACAGUGGAGCAAGCUCAUAGGAAAAUCACAUAGUCGUAGCUAUUCCUUGUUCCGCCUGGGCCAGAAAGCCUCUCCAGGGGUGAAAGCCUUCUCGGAGAUAGGCCGCGGAGAUCUGCUGGAAGCUCCAGGUCCUGGAGUGUUUGAUGAGUUUGUGGCUCCAGCGAUACCCACGGGGGCUGGAAGAACGGAAGCUCAGUUCUUCGUCGAUGGAAACCAUUCUAGGGUAUCUCUGAUGUCAAGAAUCAUACCUUCUCCAGAUUGGUUCAUCGGCAUAGAUUCAUUUAACCUGUGCGUGGACGGCAACUGGUUGGAUACCAUCACUAUUGAGGUGGAUCCACUGGACGCUGGGACUGAUAACGGGUUCACAUUUACCGCUCCGAACUGGGCAACCUCUCCUCAGGGAGUCAUUUACAGGAUCACCAGCCGAUAUCCUUCGCAUCCUGCAGGAUCCUUUUACUAUCCAUACCUCAAGCGACUUCCUCCCAUAGCCACUUUCCAGUUCAUUAAGACGAGGGAGUACGAGCUGAACGAGGUGUUCCACCAUUCCGAGGAUGACAAGCGGUACGACCUGGUGAACCUGGACCAGAGCAACACCAUCAGCGUAAUCAACAGCAACAACGACAUCCAACUGGAGAUGGAAGCGGAGAGGCGCGAGCAGGAGAUGAGGCUUCAGCAGCAACUGGCAACCAAAAGUACAAUUGCUCGAACGAACGCCCUCAUCAGACACGCUAGAAAGAACCGAAGGAGGGGUUUAAGGAGAAGGCAGAGGUUGCCCUUCGUCACACUGACACCACCCCCGCCUCUCGCUCUGGCUCCAGGAGUCAUACCGUCUGGGGACAAGGGCGCUCUGCUCAACAGCAUCGUCCAGACUUACCAUGACAAGGAAUCUCACAAGCCGAGAAAGAGCCGCAAAUACAGUGAGUGGGAUGUCUUCAAGCAUGGGGGCUCGAGGGACUGCAGAGUGGGCGAGUGGGGGGAGUGGGGUGCUUGCAGCAAGACCUGUGGGGUGGGGGAGAUGGCGCGACGCCGAGAGGUGGUGAAGCACGCGCGUCGCGGCGGCAAGCUAUGUCCACCCCUGCUGGAGACGAAAUGGUGCGGCACUGGAAACUCUCUGGACUGCGGGUCUCACCCCUUCUGGUAGAUCUACAGUCAGGACUCGACUCUGUUUCCAGACGCGGGAUGUACCUCCGCGCCCGCGACGCCGCGACGCCGGCCUCACACCGCUGUGAAUAGUUGCUAUGUACCUAUACCGCUCCAGGCGCCGGGACGGUGCGUCGCCCACUGCCACGCUCAUUCCUUAGGUUAACCCCUGACAAGACAAGUUUUCUACGUUUUUAGUAGUAAAAAGGCGUUUACAGUGUACAAUGGAAAAGUAUGAUUCUAAUAAAACUGUAGUGUCCAAAGUACAGUACACCGCGUACAAGCACUAAUUAUACGUAUCAAUAAAAUACCACAAACUCCAUAAAAAUCUAGAUUUUGUAAAAAAACACGAUUGUUAAAAAUAUUUAACCAACUCUGAUACACGUUUUCAGGUACUACUAACAUGUUUUGUAAAUGCAGUAAUCAUUGAUUGAAACAGUUCGUGUAUAAGUUUUGUUCGACUAUAAAGCGAUUAUCAUACGUAUUGUGUAAUGGUAAAAAGUUAAAUUAUAUUUAGAUUUAGGUAAAACUGUACAUAUGAUGUUAUUGUAGGUGGUUUUUCUCCCACCAUUAUUGUAUUUGAUAUUUUUAAGAGCAAAUCAAGAUCUAUUUUGGUAAUAAAACACAUUUCUACAUCCUUAUGUAAAUACUUGUUUACCUCUACGUGUAUGUUUCACCAAAACCGGGGUUCUUUGCUCCAUUACUUAUUCUUACUAAGAUGGCUUCUCUAAAAUAUAAUCCAGUAAGUGACCCGUUAUUAAUUCAUAUCACAAGAGUCUUUCAAUGACCGCAUUUAUAUUUUAAUUACUAAUUUAAUAUUUCAAAUAAUUGUUUUCUUAAACUUAAAAAAAUUUCUUUCAGUAAAAAUUUAGAGAGACCAUUUUUAAAAUAAUAAAAAUAUACUGUGUUCAUGUAUAUCGACGGUGUUGAAUUUUUAGAGUCCUUUAGUAAUAUUUUUUUCACUAUACCUAAUAUUUAACAUUCUCUUCUUAUAAACUAAAACAUGAGUGUUACAUCAGAUAAUUUAAACAUAAAUAGUAAUGUCAAAAUAAAUGGUAGCUUCAUUGAACAAUUUAACAAGCAAAGUAUCAUUUACAAAGUCGAUUCAUCAAAAUGUUUUGUACUUUUUUCAGGAAUUUAUCAAACAAUUCUACAUCAAUUCGUUAGAAGUAAUGUUGUGGUUUAAAUGAAAUGAUUAUCUUUACCAUAUAUUCGUGUUACACGAGAUUGUAAUAAAUUUUGCGAUAUACAACCCUUUAAAAUAUUUUAGACACCUCAUAAGCAUUGUGUAACAAAAUAUUUUAGGCAAUUAUUACAAAACUAAAAUUUCAUAAUUCCGAACACAGUAUUAAUAAUGUUACUAUGUUGUGUACUUUUUAGUUUUAAAGUCUUGAAGGGACUAAAAACGAACGUAUAAAGUUGUUUAUGACUUUAAGAGAAGAAGCCUUAUAAUUUUUCCUUUCAAACGACUCAUUUAACUUUGUUGAUAGCCUUGUGAAAUAAAUACACUGUUGAUUGUUUAAUGAUGUAGGUCUAUUUGAUCAGUGUACCUCUUCGUUUAACGAUGUUAUAUGAGACAUGUUGUACAUUGGGCGGAAAUACUACACCGAAAUCAUUUAAUAUCUUCAAAACAUGUACAUAGAUACUUAGUAGUUUAGUUUUAAAUUACUGUAUUUAAUGCUAGUCGAUGAUAGAUAGAUCAUUUUUGUAACUAAAUAAAGAUGAAAAUAUGUGACAAUC